GUGGCAGUUACGGCCGAUGACUGUAAAUAACAUUGGUUACAGCUAACAACCGUCAGGAACUAACUUUAUAAUUAGGUUCAUUUCGAGACUUUGCAGCUCCUGAAUGGUGGAGAUAUUGGGAUGUUGGGCUACUGAGCUGCCUACCCAUCACCCUUUUGCCCCAUGGUCAGAUGGCAAGAAGGCUCAAAGUCUAACGCAUAUCUUUAUGGUCCCUUUAGCGACUGCCACAGAAAGGUUUUUAUUCUGCAACGUUGUUCAACCGCUCAAGAGUCGAGAUGUUUGAGACGAAAAACGGAUGGGAUAUCUCAGUCGCUGGUUCUGGCUUUCUGGGUGUUUACUAUAUCGGCGUGGGAAGCUGUUUACAAGAAAGAGCCAGUUAUAUACUUGAUGGUGCCACCAAGAUCUGCGGCGCCUCGUCGGGCGCCUUGUUCGGGGCGGCAAUUGCAUGUAACAUUUCAAUGGACAAAACCUUAGCCAUCAUGAUGGAGAUGGCCAAACAGGCACGCAAGCGAAGUCUUGGUGCCUUACACCCUGCAUUCAACCUGAUGAAGCUUGUUCAUCACUUCAUGGACCGUGAGCUACCAGACGAUGCCCAUCUGCUUGCCAAUAAUCGACUCUUUGUGUCCCUGACUCGAGUGUCUGAUGGACAGAACUUGCUGGUGUCCCAGUUUGACUCCAAGGAAGACCUCAUGCAGGCUCUCAUCUGUAGCUGCUUCUUCCCUCCAUUCUGUGGUUGGAUGCCCCCCUCCUUCCGUGGCAUUCGGUACGUAGAUGGUGCAGUCAGUGACAACCUGCCCUUAGGUAAGCUGAAGAAUACCAUCACUAUCUCGCCAUUCUCAGGUGAAAGUGACAUCUGCCCGCAGGAGAACUCCUAUUACUACCACAAGGUGCAAUACAACAAUGUCAGCAUUCAAGUGAACUUCAGCAAUAUGUUUCGAGUGGCCAGUGUGUUCUUGCCCCCAGAGCAUGAGGUUCUUGAACAAAUGUGUCGAGAUGGAUACAGAGAUGCACUGCGAUUCCUUCAUGAAAACAACCUUUUGAAACUGGAUCCAUUACCUGAACUGUCUUUAACUGACGGAUCUUCCACGCCCAUGUCCUGCAAUGAAGUUAAGCAAUUAUCAGACACUGAAAAUAACGAAAUGAAUUGCACUACCAUAUGCAAGAAGAGAAGUCAUGUUCAACACAAGCAGGAUGAAGAGUCUACAAACUCACUUCCUGCUCAUAUUGAAAAAGUGAUGUCUGAGUCAUGUGGGGGAGCUCCAUAUGCUGCAGGACGGUUUCGCCUGAUGCGACUGCUGGUCCAGAUCCUGAUGCUUUGCAUCCUGCCUUUGGAGUGGGCCUUUGCCUUUGUUUACAGAUUUAUCGAGUGGGCCCCAGAGAUUACCUCAGAUAUACAGUGGCUGUGCAGCCUAAUUUGGGGCCUGUUUCAUCUGAAAGACAAAGGAACACUUACAGGAAACAAAUGCCAACAGAUGAGCAGUCUUGACGAGCAGGAGUCUUCCUCUCAAAGUCUGUCUGAAUGGGAUGUCUCAGGUGAACCAUUGUAUCCCGCCACUGGUCUACAACAUCUGCCUUCAGGUGACAUGCAGCAUAACCAGUCAAACCAGCCAACUGACCAAUGACCAUCUCCGUGGUAAUCUCACCAGUUAAUGAGGAUUCGGCAGCUGGAAUGAAAUGUUCAAAUGCAUUUCUUGUCUUUGAUGAUAUAAAACAGAGGAUGAUGACUCUGCACUGGUGACAAAUCAGGACACCACCGUUAUCAGUGCUGCACUUCUGAAAUAUUCACAAGCAGUGAAUAUAGAAAACACUAUGCUAUGCAUACGCUUUGCUAUGUUAAAAUACUUUAGAAAUGGUCAAUUGGUACUUUUACACUUUUGACCACCAAAUAAAAUAAAUCAGCAAGUAAAAAACUAAAAACAACUCCCAGUAAACAUGCCGUGUGAGUUGCUAUGAAUGUUGACGAUGAUUGUUCCCUCCUUUGUAGGAUGCUUUGGAUUAAAGCGUCUGCUAAAUGACUAAAUGUAGUGUAAUGUAAAUGUUGACUAUCAGAAUGUAACGGUAUCUGUAGACAGAACUGUAAAAUGUAACAUACUGCUAGUAGCUUACAGGCAUCUUUCAUUUGUGCAAUAAAAUAUUUUGUAAACAAA